AUGAGAAACGGAUCGAUAUAUGAAUCACCAAUCCUAAUUGCUACAUCUGCUUGUCAUUGUCUUGCUCAUGUUGAUGGUGAAGUUGCCACAGCUUGUGCUGCAACUGAAACUCAAUGUAUUUUUACUUACAAUUGGACGUUUUCAAAUAUGCCAGAAGAAAAAGUUCUACAAACACUCGUUCCACAAGCUGAUAAAACAGGAUAUCGAGCAAUUGUUAUUACAUGUGAUCAACCACAUGAGCGUAUUCGAGAUUUUGUAUUACCAUUAUUUGAAGAAGCAUCAAAGAAUAUUGAUCCAGAAUUAAUCAAGAAUAUGUCAAUACCAAAUUUGAACAUACCUUGCAUAAUUGUUAAGCAACGUUUUGGUAUACUCUCACCAAUUGAUGCAGAAUUAGUAAUUAAAUAUGGAGCGAAUGGAAUUAUUGUCAGUAACCAUGGUAGUCGACUAAUUGAUACAGCGCCACCAGCUAUUCAAUGUCUAGAAGAUGUCGUCAAUGCUGUAGAUGGACGUGCAGAAGUAUUUGUUGAUACUGGUAUUCGAAGUGGAACUGAUGUGUUAAAAGCAUUAGCAUUAGGUGCACGAGCUGUUUUGAUCAGUCGACCAAUUUUAUAUGGAUUGGCUUGUGGUGGACAAGAUGGUGUUCGAAGAGUAUUAGAUAUAUUAAAACGUGAAUUAGUUUAUGAUAUGGCUUGUUGUGGAUUAACAUCGAUUGAUCAAAUUAAUAAAGAUAUUCUUUAUAAACAUUAA